AUGACCAAACGACCGGGUCAUGCCCAUUCCACCUCCGAACCAAUCUUAAUGCAGACCUUCGACGCCGCCAACGUUGACAAGGAAUACCAGUUCUACGAUGAAGAGGCUGCCAGAGUCAGCCAGAAAAUUGAUGAGGAGCUCAAGAGAGACUGGGUGCGGCGCAAGGAUGCUCAGAGAAGACAAGUGAAGGUCAUGCUUCUUGGCCAGGCAGAAUCCGGAAAAUCAACACUCCAGAAGCAAUUCCAGUUGUACUAUGCCCAACAUGCCCUCGAUCAUGAACGUCCCCUAUGGCGUCCGGUUGUGUAUUUCAAUAUACUCAAGGCUGUUCGAAUGAUUCUAGACGAACUAGACCACGAACUCAACAACCUUUCGAUUGAUGAUUCGUUGGAGGGCCAGGCUGUCGCACAUUCCCUAGCCCCCUUGGGUGAUCUGAGCGAGGAAUUCUCCGGGCUGCGUACUAAGUUGGUGCCUCUGGUUGCAAUGGAGGACUCGCUGGCAUCGGAACUCAGCGGCGGAGUCGCUGUGACCGGCGGCCGAACUGGUGUAUAUGUCCGUGCAGGAUGGCAGGCUCUUGUCACCCCUUUAUCGCCCAACCGGAGUCGUGCGCUUCCUGGUACUGGCGGACUUUCUCCCGCUGUUGCUCAGGUGACCAGCCUGGCUUCGAGGACGCUCAUUUCUGUUCAAAAUGAGGUAGAUGAGCUCUGGAAGCACCCGGCCGUUCGGAUACUCCUCAACAACAGGCGAAUCAGGCUUGAUGAGUCUGCACCAUUCUUCCUGGACAGCAUCAAACGUGUCGCGCAGCCUGAUUACCUUCCGUCAACGGCCGAUCUUCUCAACGUUAGACUACAAACGCUCGGUGUGGCUGAGCAUUCUUUCGAUAUAGAAUUAUGCGGCUCUAGAUAUAACUGGUUGAUGUACGACGUCGGCGGAGCUCGUGGCCAGCGCCACGCGUGGGUACCAUACUUUGACGAUGCAACUGCAAUCAUUUUUUUAGCGCCAAUCAGUGCAUUUGAUCAAUAUCUUGAAGAAGAUCCGAGGACAAAUAGAGUGGACGACUCGUUGCAGCUAUUCACAGCUAUAUGCUCAAACAAACUCCUGAAGAACUCGCAUUUGGUUCUGAUGCUUAACAAGACUGAUCUGCUAAGGAAGAAGCUAGAAGCUGGGGUCAAAGUGCGGAAAUAUAUCACAUCAUACGGCGACCGCCCGAACACCUACGCCGAUGUGUCAGAAUAUUUCAGGGCACAUUUUAUUCAAGUUCACAGGCGCCACGAUAUCAGCCGUCGAGCGUUAUAUGUUCACUUCACCUCUAUGCUGGAUAUCCGGGCAACGCAGGACAUCAUAGUCAAUGUGGGAGAGGCUAUUAUCCGAUCGCAUAUCGCAAAGACUGGUCUCGCGUGAUUGCCUCCUAGUUGACAUUUUCUACCGAGGAUAUCGACAUAGCACUAUGUUUAUCUGAUUACUUUCCAACAUGACACUUCCCUACCGAUUAAUGAUACCUGAUGACCUCUUUUUUCUUGCUCACUAUCUUACAAACACCAUCUAUUGAUAUUCCAUCAUUGUCACAUCUCAUCUCUCAGCC